AUGUUACAACAACAACAACCACCACCACUGCCAUUAUAUUUACAAAGUUAUAUAUUACAGAAAUACAAUGCACAGUAUGACAAAGAAUCUGAAGAUCCUUUAAAGGUUGUACAUGUUGAUGAUCAAUCUGGUGAAUGCUCAUUCUAUAAUCUAUCAAGUGUGAUGAUGGUAUGCAAACAUUGGUUUCAAAGUCUGAGAGUCAUCUUGUCGCAAUCAAAUGUAAAAAGUAUACCUCUACAAGUCAUAGAAAGAAUGGUUGAUCUAUACGAUUUUGAUAAUGACAACUUGUCAGAUGACAACGAGUCAGAUGGUGUGUCGACGACGGUAUGCUAUCCUGAAUGGUCUGUAAUAUCUUUGGAGCACAUUCGGUCACUUGCACUGGUUGGUGACUUGCCAAUUGAUCAUGACCUAUUGGGCGAGGUGGUUAGGUCGAUGAAGUCGUUAGAGUGUGUCGAGGUGUAUGCGGACAUUGACCGAUUGGACAAUGGGUUUCAACAGGUGACCGACUCGAUCAACGCCUAUUUCCACCAAUACAAUGAUCAUGGUAAUGAUAUUAAAUUGGUUGGUAAGCUGACUAUCAACGAUGUGGAUGAAUCGUUUGACGAGGUGAUGGCGGCUGAAACAUGCUACCCCUUUAAAGAAGUGACUGCUAUCUUUAUAUGUGGCAAUCGACAGAUAUCGGCUAAUUGCAAGGUUGCGACAUGGAUGCGUGCAUCAAAGGUCGAGGUUAUGUGUGUUUUAGAUGAUGACCUUGAUGGUGAUGAUCAGGUCAGUCUAGAAAUCUCGCUUCGUUGCACUGACCUCUUUAACAUUACCGGGCUUAAAGAAGUUGUCCUUGACUAUGCCUACACCACAUACUCUGACUUGAUUAUAGCGCUACAAUCAAAAACACUCACUAGUCUUGAGACAGAUAUACGGUUUAAAUACCAGGAUGCUCAAGACGACGAAUCGGUCGUUUCAAAACUCCAAGAGUUUGUAGACCGAUUACACACCAACACGACACUCACCAAUCUGUCUCUAUGGAGUGACUUUAGUGUCAACGACAGCGACGGUGACCUCCAAGACACGAUUGACACGGUUUGGACCGACGGUCUAGCAAUUUUGUUGCAAAAAAACCAAACAUUGAAACAUCUCAUGCUAGACUAUGUACACUUUUUAGACGAACGUUUCUUUGAGUCGCUUGCCUCCAACACUACUUUGGAGACUCUCACCUUGCCCUAUGAAAAAUGGAGACAACUAAAGGAAAAGCAUUGCAAAUUGCUCUACAAGACACUUUCUCAAAAUCGGACACUCAAACUAUUAGACAUGGAUUUAAAUUCAAAGCGUGACAAAGAUCUAGUCAAACAAAUCACCCUCAUACCAAACAGAACUUGUUUGGUUAAAGUUUGGAAUAAAAAAGGUACCUAUAUUAAGGAUGUACAACAAAAGUUUGAAAUUUAUAUUAUUCUUUGUUGUCUCUGUUAUUCAACUGUAAUCAUUGUAUUUAGUAGUAGUAGUAGUUAUAUUGGUCGGGUUGAAGCUCAAUCUACCUCGUACACACUUUCGAAUCUAACAUUGAAUAGUAACAACAAGAGUAGUAGUAGUAUUACAGCAACUGGAUACUUUGGUGAUGAUUUAUCAGUUGUAUCUGUAUGGAUUGAUGAAUACACGCAUGCGUGUCAACUGACACAAUUCACAAGUUACAGUCUCAACUGUACAGUUAAAUCACUUGUAUUUGGUAACAAGACUGUUAGCAUUAAAAUAGGUGACACCUUUUUGAAUAGUACACUCUUCUUUGACACUAUUCCACCAUCAUACACUCUUUCAAGUCUAUCACAAAAUGACUUCAAAAUCAUUGCUCUUGGAUAUUUUGGAGACAACUCAUCAUCAUCGGUGGUUGUUUCAGUUUGGAUUGAUCGAUACACUGAAUGUCCAAUCAUCAGUUUCAACAGUACCAGUCUCACAUGUACCUUUGAAGGUAUCCCUGCAAUUAAUGUAUCGAGUAACAAGACAGUCACUAUCUUUAUCGGCUAUACUACUGCUUUGAAUGGCUCACUCGUCUUUUACCAAGUUCCCGUUGUCUCUCAUGUAACCUACAACGGUACUGCCAACACCAUCUCAAUCUAUGGUAAUCUCAGCAACACUGGCGGUAUCUAUGACUCUGACGUCUAUUUUAACUCUAGCGUUUGCACUAUCACCUUUGUAAGCUCAUCACUUGUCAAUUGUCAAUUGAAUAGGCGGUUCCCAACCGAUACGUAUACCUUCCUCUUUAGAAAUGGAUAUACUAUUUUAUACCCUACUGUCUAUAUCCUAUCUCCACCACAACCCCAACAAAACUACACUCUUUCAAGUCUGUCACAAGAUAAUAAUGAAAUAAUUGCAAGUGGAUAUUUUGGAGAUAAUUCAUCAUUGGUUUCAGUUUGGAUUAGUAGUAAUGAGGACACUCCAUGUCACCUCGUCAGUUUUAAUAGUUCUGUUCUCAGAUGUACUAUCAACAAUACCAUGGGUAAUACAUCGGGCAACAAGACUGUCAAUAUCAGAAUCGGUAACGCCACUGUUUUGACAGGUACAGUCUACUUUAACAAUGUUUAUUCAAUCUCCCGAGUCACCUACAACAGCACUCUAAACUCAAUCGUAAUCCUUGGUGUUUUCAACGACACCGCUGUUACCUAUGACACAUCCGUCCACAUCACACGCGACAACUACGCUUGGUUUUUGUGCACUGUCACCUUUGUAAGCUCUUCACUUGUCUAUUGUCAAUUGAAUGAGCGUGUACCAAUUGAUACGUAUACUGUCGUCUAUAGAAAUGAAUUUACCUCUAUAUAUUCAACUGUGAAUAUUACAUAUCAACCUUACAAUUUGACAAGUCUUUCAUUUGACUAUAACCAAACCAUCACUGCUACUGGAUACUUUGGACAUAAUUCAUCAUUGGUUUCAGUUUUGGUUGAACAAUACACUCCAUGCAAACUCGUCAGUUUCAACAGUACCCAACUCAGAUGUACCAUCAGUCCACGUCCAACAGGUACCAGGACUGUCACUAUCAAAAUUGGAUAUACUCCUACUGUAUUGAAUGGUACACUCGACUUUGAUAAUGGUCCAACCAAUUAUUCAAUCCAGAGUGUUACCUAUAAUAGCACUCUAAACACAAUCAGAAUCACCGGUAAUCUUCGAGACACCAACACCGCUGUCACGAUCCAAAACGGUACUCAAUGGAUAAGAUUAAACAUCACUUCUUUAGGUACUGGAUUCAUCAAUUGUCAAUUAAACGAUCGUUUACCAAUUGGUGUCUAUGAUCUCUCCCUUCAAUCACCCUAUUACAUUUUAUACUCUACUGUUAAUAUUACAUCUUUACCAAUACCAGAUUACGAUAUUCAUAGUCUGUCACAAAAUAACAAUGAAAUAAUUGCUCGUGGAUACUUUGGAAAUGAUUCAUCAUUGGUUUCAGUUUGGGUUGAACAAUACACUCCAUGUAAACUCGUCAGUUUCAAUAGUUCCGUUAUCAGAUGUACUUUUGGCGGAACGCAGGGUAAUACAUCGGGCAACAAGACUGUCAGCAUCAGAAUCAGUAACGCUGUUUUGAGUGGUACACUCUACUUUAACAAAAUUGUCUAUUCAAUCCAUAGUGUCACCUACAACAGCAAUCUAAACUCAAUUAGAAUCAUUGGUGUUCUCGUCGACUCUGAAAACACCUAUUACACAUCCGUCUACAUCUCACGCAACACAUCCACCUAUCAGUGCGCUAUCACUUUUGUCAGCUCUUCACAUGUCGAUUGUCAGCUUCCAACUCAGCUUUUACCAACCGAUACGUAUACUAUCGUCUAUAGAAAUGAAUAUAACACUCUAUAUUCAACUGUCAAUAUUACAUAUCACCCUUACAAUUUGACAAGUCUGUCAUUUGAUGGUAACCAAACCAUCUCCGCCAAUGGGUUCUUUGGAGCUAAUUCAUCAUUGGUUUCAGUUUGGGUUGGUGGCAAUCAAUCCACUGCAUGUCCACUUGUCAGCUUUAACAGUACCAAUCUCAAAUGUACCGUCAGUCCACGUCCAACAGGUACCAAGACUAUCACUAUCAAAAUUGGAUAUACUCCUACUGUAUUGAAUGGUACACUCGACUUUGGUAAUGGACCAACCAAUUAUUCAAUCCAUAGUGUGACCUAUAAUAGCACUCUAAACACAAUCAGAAUCACUGGUAAUCUUCUAGACACCAACACCACUGUCGCCAUCCAAAAUGGAGUCCAUCAUGUCGGUGUGACUGUCACUUCUUUCGGGACUGGAUUCGUCAAUUGUCAAUUACACCAACGUUUACCUGUCAAUACAACUUAUCCAGUCUACCUCACAAGUUCUCAUUAUUCUUUAACCUCGUCUGUUUAUAUUACACCUGAAAUUAAACCAAAUCCAAACCUUUACUUUAGUUCAUUUACUUCGAUUCUACAUCCAUUGGGACUUAAAGCAACUGGAUCUUUUGGUGAUAACUCUAACAAUGUCAAUAUUACAAGUUACUAUAAUGGUCGUACAUCUAAUUGUAUCAUCACUUACUUCUCAUCAACCUAUUUGAUGUGUUCACUUGGCAACAACUACCCAGCCAUUGAAGGAUUCUACCCCGUCAACGGUGGAUUCAAUGGUGUCAUCUAUAACACUACCAACGUCUAUUUUAAACAACGUAAUUCUACAUCCUCCUCCUCAUCAUCAUGGUCAUCGUCAUCUGUUGAUCCAUCAUCGUCAUCCUCAUCAUCUGAUGUAACAUGUACAUUGAGCAGAUCAGGUAAACUCAAGGUUGAGUAUCCAGGCAAUGCUCCAAUCAACUGUACCUCUCAAGGUAUCAGUGAAUGUAAUGUUCCAGGUGGAUUCCAAUGUCUCGGUCUCCUUAGUUCUUCAUCAACCAGAUGUUCAGCUCCACACGAAAUUGUUUGUCAAGCUUCAUCUAUCGUAUGUCGUGUUGGUGGUAUGUCUUGUUCCAUUGAAGGCGGUCAAUUAAGUAUUAAAGCAGAUACAGCUCUACCACCAAAUGACAAUUCACAAUCUGAUUCAAAUUCCCAAACCAAUGAUGCCUCCCCCUUAUCCUCUGUCUCAUUCUCAACUCUCUUUAUCCUCUCCUUAUUAUCCAUCAUUGCCUCCAUUUUAAUAUAA